GUUUGUUUCAAGAUACCAUUAAACAAGCUUUAAGACGCCAUUAGACACUCUUGAAAAAUCUGAACUGCCACAAUGAAAAUUUUGUUCCUGUUAACAAGUGGACUGCUUUUUCUGUCCUUUGGUUUAUGCCAGAAAGAAAGCAAAUGUAACAGCAGCAGUUUGGACUGUCAAGGCAAUACGUCUCAUAUAAUCAAGACUUUCCGAGGCACUCCACAAGACCAGCAUGAGGAGAUCCCUCUUUCAGUCAUAGACAGUCCGACAAAGACAAGCCACAACAAACAAAAACAAAACAAGGAUUCUGCGGGGAAGUCCAAUGCCUCCUCACUAAAAGUAAACAAUUCCACAGUGGAAUAUCUCACCAGCUCACUGAGCACAAAACUGAUCCCAGCUGUUUAUUUAGCUGUGGUUUUAGUAGGGGUGCCAUCAAAUGCCCUCACGCUAUGGAUGCUGUUUUUCAAAAUGAGAUCAGUCCGUACAGCCAUAUUCUACACAAACCUAGCCAUUUCAGACUUUCUAUUCUGUGUUAUGUUACCAUUCAAAAUCACAUAUCACCUCAAUGGUAAUAACUGGAUACUUGGAGAAGCCAUGUGCCGAAUCAUGACUGUGGUCUUCUAUGGUAACAUGUAUUGUUCCAUUCUACUCCUCACCUGCAUCAGCAUCAGCCGUUAUGUCGCCAUUGUUCAUCCGUUCACUUACAGAACUUUGCCUAAGCAACAUUUGACAACAUUUGCCUGUGCGAUGAUCUGGACUGCUGUCUUCUUAUACAUGUUGCCUCUGACCUUAAUGAAGCAAACCUAUUAUUUGGAUCAACUAAAUAUUAUUACUUGCCACGAUGUUCAUAGUGACUGUGAAUCGGCAUCACCCUUCCAGUUUUAUUACUUCAUCUCUCUGGCAGUCUUUGGAUUUGUGAUACCCCUUUGCAUUGUUAUUUUUUGUUAUGUUUCAAUUAUACGAACUCUCAAAGCUUACAAUCAGAAGUGGCUCUGGUACAUUAAAGCCAGUUUCCUCAUCCUUAGCAUUUUCGCUAUUUGUUACACACCAAGUAAUAUCACGCUGAUUGCUCAUCAUGUGAAUUACUACCGCAAUGCUAGAGACAGUCUGUAUUUCUUUUACCUUAUUGCUUUAAGCCUGAGCAGUCUGAACAGCUGCCUUGAUCCACUUCUUUACUUCUUCACAUCCAAAGUCAAAAGAAAGACCAGUGCUCAUCACACCACGGCUAAAAAGGCUCAGGAUGGACGCAUGUUAUACCCUUGACAAAAUUGUGCAUGUAUUUUUGUUCACGAAAUGCUAUUUACGAAUUUUAUUUUUAUACUGGUAAAACUUUAGCAAUAGACAAAUAUUAUGGAGACAAAUUCUGAUUGGCUAAAUGAACAGUUAUUCAUCUAAUGGUAUAGCUGACUACUUAGGUGGUGAGGCUGCAAGUUGAAUAUAUUUGUUUCACUUUCCUAUGGAAUAAAAGUCCUGCAAAGACUAUACAGAGAAUAUAUACCUCAGUGGAUAACUAUACACAGGGCUGCUAGUAGGGAGAUCUCCAGCCCCCACCUGUCAUUUUCUGCUGCCACUCAGCAUAGCAGCAUGCAAUUAAAAAUAAUUUAUAGAGCCAGAGGCAUGAUGUCACUUCUAGGGAAAUUCAGUCCUCCCUAAAUAUCACCAAAACCUUUAUUGUUUUACCACAGAGGUUCUGGCAAUUCCUAGAGAGUAGUGAAGUCACUUCCAGAUUUUUCUAAAAUAAUAGAAGCUAUUCAGUCAGAUAGUUGCAUUAGGAAACUUUGUGUUUUUUUAGCCAUUUUUGUGAAGGGAGGAGGGAUUGACUAAAGGAAAGGCCAGUGAAUGGCAUAGGUAACUUUAAGGCUCUUCUGGUUUGCAGAAAUCCAGAGGGGGUAUGGAUAGAACACACCAAGAAAGAGAACGGGGCAAGCCAGGAUAGAAGACUCUGGAAGGAACAAGGGAAUAAUCCCAGUGUUAUGGUGGUGGAAAAUGCUGCUAAACCCCAUAGGGUUUUCAUGACGAGACAAACAGAGCUGGUAUUGCCUUUGCCUGCCUUUGGCUUUCCUGGUGGUCUUCCAUUCGAGUACAAACCAGGGCCAAAUCUGUUUAGCUCCCAAGUCUGAUGAGAGUGGGCUAGCCUGGACCAUGGUAACAAAUGUACACUAAGGAAAGGAAAUAUGUCAGAGGUAAAAAAGAAAACACUGCCAAAACUAAAUGGGUGUGCAUUAUGGGUUCUGUGUGCAUUACGGGUUCUGACUUAUGAAUUAAUGUCCUCCAAAAUGUCCCACUGUCAACAGCCUUACUCAGGUCUUGCAAACCAAGGGCUGAAGCUUCCUUUAUAAAGUCAAUGCAAAGACAAAUACAUUAAUAAAUGUAUCCUAAGCAUUUAUGUAUUACCAAGGUGCACUGUGUUCAGUGGGACUCACUUUUGAAAAACAGCUUGAAAAUGGCCAUUUUAAUAUUUAAAAAAUCAGUAUGUACGAGGUUUCUUCAAACAAACUAAUGACAGACAUUGGCCUAUUCACAGAUAGCAUGGCAAGGAAGUAGAAUGCUCAAAUAAUAAAACAAGGUUGCUGUAAACAUUUUGGUAUAUGCCAUUAAAGGUUACUUAAUAUUUACUUGCAAUAAAA